UGGGCGGUGGCCUUGCCCAACGGCCACGCCUCCCCGGUCAGCGGCGCGCGGGACGUGCCGCUUAUAAAGCCGCCGCGCCAGCUUCGCCCUCCUCCAUUUCCUCCCUCUUCCACCCCAGCAGAGCUCGAGAGACCGUACGCAGGGAGCGGGGGGGAGAUCAUGGCGAGGAGCACGCUCUCGAUGGCAUUCUUCGUGUCCCUUGCCCUGGCCGUCCGACCCAUCUCCGCCGUCCCCGAAGGGCUGUUGCCCAACGGGGACUUCGCCCGGGGGCCGCGCAGGUCGGAGAUGAACGGCACGGUGGUGACCGCGCGCCACGCCAUACCGUGCUGGGAGAUCUCCGGGUUCGUGGAGUACAUCGAGCCCGGGCGCAAGGAGGAGGACAUGAUCCUGCCGCUGCCGCCCGGCGCGUCGGCCGUGCGGCUCGGCAACGACGCCACCAUCCGGCAGCAGCUCAACGUCACGCGCCACAUGUUCUACUCCGUCUCCUUCAUGGCCGCGCGGUCGUGCGCCCAGGCCGAGAAGCUGAACCUGUCGGUCGACCCGGAGUUCGGCGUGCUCCCGAUCCAGACCGUGUACACCAGCACCGGCUGGGACACCUACUCCUGGGCCUUCAAGGCCAGGCACAGCACCGGGUGGCUGAGCAUCCACAACACCGGCGUCGAGGAGGACCCCGCGUGCGGCCCCCUCGUCAUCGCCGUCGCCAUCAAGACCCUCUACGCGCCCCACCACACCAAGGGUAACAUGCUGAGGAACGGGGACUUCGAGCAGGGGCCGUACAUCUUCCCCGGCGCGCCGUGGGGCGUGAUGGUGCCGCCGAUCAUGGAGGACGUGCACUCGCCGCUGUCGGGCUGGAUGGUCAUGUCGGACACCAAGGUGGUCAAGUACGUGGACGCGCCGCACCACGCGGUGCCGCGGGGCGCGCGCGCCGUGGAGCUGGUGGCCGGCCGGGAGAGCGCGCUGGUGCAGGAGGUGCGCACCGUGCCCGGGCGGACGUACAGGCUCUCCUUCUCCGUGGGCGACGCGGGCAACGGGUGCAGCGGGUCCCUGGUGGUGGAGGCGUACGCGGGGCGGGCGACCCUGAGGGUGCCGUACGAGUCCCUCGGCACGGGCGGGUCCGCGCGCGCGGCGCUCGAGUUCACGGCGGUCGCCAACGAGACGCGCGUGGUGUUCCAGAGCUCCAACCACCUCAUGAAGUCCGACGCCACGCUGUGCGGCCCCGUCGUCGACGACGUCUCGCUCAUCCCGGUGCGCGCGCACGCUGCGCGUCGGCUGCGUUUGUAGCGCAUAUUUAUCUUUUUACAGUAGCUUCGGAGUUCAUUACGUUUGUACCGGCAGGGCGGCCGGCAUUCGGUGCGCCCUGUGCCUGACUGCCGCACAUCAAUGACACGAUAUAUAAAUAUUAACAUUCUGCCUGACCGGAGGCUUCAACGGC